CGAUAAUAAGUGCCUAUGUGGUUCGCAAUAUAUGGACAUUAAUUCUCCGAUAUCGAAGUGAACGUUAGAACAAUCGCCCAUAAUCCAUAACCUUGAUAUACACUCUUCAAACAAGUUCAUCUGUGAGCUUGUGUAAGCUACCGUCACACAACUUCACCGUGACCUCGCCACUUCCGCCUAAACAUGUUCAGCGAAAUGAAACUGGAAAUUGCUACACUUAAACCAUUGUCCAGUACUGCUUUUCCUAUUGUUCUUGGUGAUUUGUUGGAGAAUUCUAAACAUGACUGAUGAUACUGGCCAAAACUUGACCCAUCUAUUUACUACAGAGGUCAAUUACACCAGUACUACACCCCAACUCAAUACAACACAACACAUACAGUUGAGUGAUGUGAUGACUACGGUUCUGUCGAAUGUCACUGGAAAUUUAACAGGGAAUCUGGACAACACUACCUUAGAGAUGGGAGAUCCAUGUGAGGUGGUGUCAAGUCAGAAGAGCAUGGAGGGCACAGAAUUCUACAUUGGACUGUCGCUUGCUCUCAGCUCUAGUCUGUUUAUAGGCAGCAGUUUCAUUUUCAAAAAGUUGGGACUUUUAAAACUUGCAAAGAAUCAGGGCACAAGAGCAGGUCAGGGAGGCUACGGUUAUCUGAAGGAGUGGCUCUGGUGGUCAGGCAUGAUUCUCAUGAUCACAGGAGAGUUUGCCAACUUUGCAGCUUAUGCCUUUGCUCCUGCUACACUGGUUACGCCUUUAGGAGCACUUAGCGUCUUAGUGAGUGCUGUGUUAUCCUCACGAUUUUUGAAUGAGAAGCUGAACCUCCUGGGUAAGAUCGGCUGUACACUGUGUGUACUGGGGUCAACAGUCAUGGUUAUACACUCACCAAAGGAGCAAGAAGUUAACAGCAUGUCCUGUCUGCUGGACAAGAUUGAGGAGCCAGGAUUCAUCAUAUACUGCAUUUUCAUUGUAUCGCUUGCUCUGUUUGGAAUAUUCUUCCUGGCACCUCGCUAUGCACACAAAAAUGUGUUAGUGUACGUCAUGAUUUGUUCUACUCUCGGUUCCUUCACAGUGGCUGGGUGUAAGGGACUGGGCGUAGCUUUGAAGCAGACAUUUAAUGGUGACAACCAGUUUACCAGCUGGUUAACUUGGAUUUUACUUGCAGUUGUUAUACUCUGUAUAUUGGUUCAGUUAAAUUAUUUGAACCGUGCUUUAGACCAGUUUAACACAUCUGUAGUGACUCCAAUAUAUUAUGUGUUUUUUACGUCAUGUGUAAUCGUAGCUUCUCUGAUCCUGUUUAAAGAGUGGGGGGCCAUUAAGGCACAAGACAGUAUUGGAAAUCUGUGUGGGUUCCUAGUGAUCAUCAUUGGUAUAUUUUUACUGCAAGCUUUUAAAGACAUGAAUAUAUCAAUGGCUAACUUGACCACAAUGAAGCGGGAGGUGGAAGCCAGCAACAAUGGAGAUAUCCCCACUCCUGUGGCGUAUGAUCAGAAUUUCACUGACUACCAUGAUGAUGAAUUAGGUCUAUUGGAGGAAGACACAGUGAGCAAUGGAAACAGUGAGAUUCAGCUUGAAACAGAAUACAGAGAUGAUGUAGAGUUCAGAUGAACAGACUGCCAUAUACUUAUAAUAUAGUAAAUAGUCAUAGCAAACAUUGAAUGUUAAAGACACACAAUUAAUUUUUUCACUGUCUUAUUUUGCAUAAUAUGUGUCUUAGCAAGUAGUGCACAAAAAUGGGAAUACUUUUAAUUAAUCUCUGUAAAAUCUAUGUGUUUCUCUUGUUGGCUUGUUUCUAUUGGAAGCCUACUUCUCUUUACCAAUUGGCAGCAAUUGGACACAGUAGGAAGGUACGAGGACCAUGGAAACUUGUGGUGCUGCACCAUUCUGGGGCCUGCUGGGUGGAAUUCUGAGUAAAUGUUUAAAGGAUUUUUUAUUGUUACUGGUAGUUGUGUGUGAAGUAUUUGAAGUAUCCAUCCAUUCUUGUUGCCCAGUGAUACAGGGUACAUAGUUAUCAUGUUACUUCUUGUGAACAGGUGGGAGAACUAUGCACAGCCAUAAUUUUACAAUUAUGGUUCUUGUUUAUUACUUUUCUGUAUCAACACCAGCUGAGCAAAGAAUGCUCAAAGUAUGAUCCCAUGUUAUUUAAACUGCAUUUUAUUCCUCAACAUUCACUGCAGUAUCAUGAAUACCACAUCUUCGAUAAAAUAUCACAUUGUACUCUUUCACAUUUUGCCGGACAUGUGUCAGACAAUCUGAUUGGCUGAAAUAAAAGGAAAGUGCAAUAUGAUGUUUUAACACUGCCACAUGUGCAAUUUGAUGUAAAAUGGGAUAGGUCAUGAUCAGAUGUAAAACAAUAAAGGUCUUAUACGAUACUGAAAAGUAAUAGAAGUCAAUAUUUAUCCAGAACUGAGUGUAGAGUAGAUUUGGUUGGUUUUGUGUAAGAUUGUGGGGUAUAUGAGGGGUACUUGGGAAAAUGUAUGCUUUAUGAAGUGUUGAUUGAUGUCACAAAUCAACAGUGGAACAUCUGUUAAACUGUUUUCAAUUUUAACAGUAAAUAAUGAAAGGUUUGAGAAACCUUUCUCAUUGUCAAGGUCGCAAAGGUAAGCUGUGUAGGAAGAUACAAUUGCUAGAAUUUUUAGAUUAGAUACAUAAUUCUAAUGUUAACUAAUAUUGCUUAUAAAAUGUUGAUUAUAGCUUACAAUCAUCAAUUGAUAAUCAGUUUAAUUCACUUUUUGUCUGUCAGUCUGUCCUGUAUUGUCUGUCCUGUAGUGUUUGUCAAGUCUGUUCUGUAAACAGUUUUUGUUACCACAAAUUAUAGAGAAUAGUAGAUCCUCAUGAAACUUUACAAAGAUAAAUUUGAGUUGAGCAUGCACACUUUUAGUUUAAUCACAAAGGGAUUUUAGAAUUUGACUUUGUUACUGUUACUUCUAAAGAACUAAGUUGUUGAGGGUGAAUUCAUGUGUCAUUGUUAUGCAUUCACAAUGGUCACUGGCUGCCGUUUUGGAUGUUUGCACUUGAAAUUCAUUACUGCUUUUGACAAAGAAUCACAUAAGAAAUCCUCAUGUAGCUUUAUGAAGACCUCCAGUAAGCAUCCGACAUGUAGUUGUACAGGGUGAAAUUUGAGUGUACAAUAUAUUCAAGAUGGCUGUCAUUUUGGUAUUUGAAAUUUGUUGAUGCAAUUUCUCAGGAAGACAAUUACCUUCAGUUUUUGUUAAUACCCAAGAUAUUCAGUAUUGGCUUUAGCUGUGCUUUUCUUUAGGCAGAUCAGCAUAAAGGCUCCCAAUGGUGAAUUUUCCUACUGUACUGUUAGUUCCUGAUAGUAAGUUAGAUACUCACAUGGCGCCCAAGCAUCUGAUGGUAAGUGCAAAGGUCAUGCUAGAAUCUUGACAAGAUCUCGCCAUGAUCACUCAAGGAUCUUAUCUUCAUUGUCAAAUAAUGUAACAGAUUGUUUGGUAGAUGUAGUCAUUUGAUUGUAUAAACUGUGGAAAAAUGUAAUAUUUUAUUGAUGAUAUUUUAACAAUGUACCUCAAAUGUCAAAACAUGUCAUUAAUCACAACUGUUUGUUAGUGCUGUUGUAUAUGAUGUGGAAUAUUUAACAUAUCAAGUUUACUUUAUAAAGAUCAUGUACAUGUAACCUAUAUUUUUUCAAGUUACUGUUUCAAACAAUAUUUUGUAAUCUUUUUUAAUACUGAAUAUAAGUGAGAGUGUGAUGUACAACAAGUGUGAUAUACUGAGGUCUCAAAUUGUAUUAAAACAGGAUUUGUGCCAGA